AGUCCACCAGGCGGAAGUCGAAGCCCGCGCGUUCCGCGGAUGGGCAGCGUGCGGGGAGGAGCGGCGGAGGGGGCAGGGGGGCGUCGGUGAGCGAGGAGGUGUUCUCCCUGGGGAAGGGUGUCUGGUCAACCCCGCCGCACUCAUGGGUGGAGAGACGGGGGGUGCAAAAAGGCGCGGGGGGGCGGAAAGGGGCAAGGGAGCGGAUGGCGGAAGGGCAGUGGGCGCGGGGGCGGGGGGGAGUGAGGCGGCAGCAAUAGCAGAUCGUCUGAGGGUCCAACCGGGGGAGGCGUCUUCUGCAUUGCACCCCCCUGCCGACCGUAAUGCCCACUUUGUUGAGAUGGACCCAUGGGUCGUAUCAUCUGUGCUCUCCCCCAACAUUGAAGCCUGCUCCGCCUCCUCCCACACCACCAUCCACCCGCUCAAAGUCGAGUCCUUUCUGUACCAAGCUCAGGAACGACGAGCUGAGUGGGUGGGAGGCCCCUUCAGCUUCGUCAGCGUGACUCCCCCCUAUGAGCUUGUGGUGUACAGUCAACUCAUGGCCCAACUCGCUGCCUCGCCGUUGCUGCACCCAGAAACAUGCAUGGUGGUGGAGAAUCCAAUCAAAUAUAGGGAUGAGAUAUUGGACACAUGCGGUCCUCUAUAUAAG